AUGGCACCGCAGAAUUCAGCCCUCUCGCAGACCCUUGAGUCGCUCACGCGCAGCAAAAUCCGCGAGCUGGAGAAACAGCGCUCGACAUACGAGGCUCGAAAAGCAUCGAUCCUCACCGAAGCUGACGACCAGCUCGACCUCUUCUCGCGGGUUCGUGUCAUCCUCACCGGAACCAAAGCCAUCCAUCCCACUGCGUCAAGAGACACCACGGUCGGAAACAUCGAACGCUGGCUGGACCAGCACCGGUUCGAUCCCUCCAUUACGGAUGGCAUGCUCCGCGAGUAUGAGAUCGACCUUCGGGCUCGCUUGGACGCACAUAGUCGGAAGUUGAGCCUCGCGGACCUGUACUCUCGGCUGCUGACAGAGUGGACGAAUGCUGGUGAGGUUGGAGGUGGAGACGGAGUCAUUGAUGAAGAGGAGUAUGCGGUCAUUGAUGAGCGACAGAAGCAGCGAUUGCAGCAGCUUGUUGACCAGUUUGAAGAGACAGUCUUUACUCCGCUUGAGACUAGCGCCGAGGAGAUUCAUGCGUUCUUCGACGAGCUUUUCCCGGGCGAUGAAGAGCUGAAGCAGUUGCAGGCGCUGAGAGAGAGGAUUGAAGAGAAUAGCCGGGAUAUCUUUGAAACCGACGCUCCAUUCGAUCGGGAAUCCCUUACGGCAACAAUCAAAGGGCUUUUGACAGAGGACAUCCUGAGCGAGGAGAAGCAGGGUGUUCUCAAGGACUUCCUGAAGAACGAUGUUGCACUGACUGAAAUCGCGGAUGUGUUGAACAUGCGGUGGGCGGACUUGGAGAAUUGGGACUGGUUUGCUGAAGACGAAGGUAUUCCGGUUUUACCUCGACAGCAGCUGAAUGGAAAGUAUCGCAUUUGGAUGGAUGAGGAUGUCCUGCAGCUCAUUUUCGUGCAAUACAUCGGCUUACGAUUGUGCAAUCUGCUCAAGAACCAACUGAAAGACUUUAUCCUCUCCGAUGGCGUUUGGAAUUGGGCGGUCGCGCCGCCAUUCACCGAACAUGACAAGGAACGCCAGAUAUACUACCUUGACAGGUUGUCAAGAGGUGGGCCGGAGAAUGCUCGAAAGUCGGAUUACCUCGAGGGGUAUUUCCUUUGCCAGCUGCCGCUUGAGCUGACAACUUUGGCUGAUGGAGGCGCACCGUAUGACGACGAGUCUGAGGAUGGACAGGAGAGUGAGGAUAUUUGGAGGACCAAGAGUGAGGUGAUUAAAAACCCAAAGCAACAUUUACUCCGUAAGGUUGCGACCGAAACCCUUAUCCAGAGACAUAUCUACGACGAGGCGGCUGUGGUCCAGUCCGACCUCCGCUGGUAUGCGACGGGACUCCCACAUAGCACUAUUUUUGCCGUGAUGGAAUACAUUGGCCUGUCUGAAAAAUGGAUCGUCUUCUUCCGCAAGUACCUCGAGUCGCCGCUGAAUUUGGAUUCAUCUUCCGAGGGCCGCAUGCCGAUGGGUCCGCGAACUCGGAAGCGCGGAGUGCCCAUGGCCCAUUCAUCUGAGAAACUGAUUGGGGAAAUGAUCUUGUUCUUCAUGGAUCUUGCUGUGAACAGAACAACUGGGCUUCUUCUCUAUCGGCUUCACGACGACCUCUGGCUCUGUGGCGAGCCAAGCAAAUGUGCGCAUGCAUGGGAGGUGAUGGGCAAAUUCGCGAAAGUUACCGGCCUGGAGUUCAAUAUGAGCAAGACUGGGUCGGUGUGUUUAUCCGACCUGCCUGAUCCUGUAGUUGAGGGUCGGCUACCCAAUGGGCCGGUGACUUUCGGCUUCCUCAAGCUGGACCCCUCCGGCACAUGGAUAAUUGACCAAACGCAGGUCGAUGCUCACGUCAAACAACUCAAGACCCAGUUGGACAAGUGUGAUAGCGUUAUGGCCUGGAUCCGGACCUGGAACAGUUGCAUAGGCCGGUUCUUCAAAAACACAUUCGGUCAACCAGCUGUCUGUUUCGGACAAGGCCAUGUCGACAUGAUACUGUCCACAUAUAGGGCAAUGCAGGAAACUUUGUUCGGCGACACCGGCACAGUCACCCAGCACCUCCGCCAAAUGAUCAAAAACCGCUUCGGCGUCUCUGACAUCCCAGAUGCCCUCUUCUACUACCCCGAAGAGCUGGGCGGCCUGGGCCUGCGCAAUCCCUCGAUAUCGCCCUUCCUCGUCCGCGACGCCCUACACACCUCACCCCUCCAACGCAUCCUCGACUUUUCAGCAAACGAAGUGAAACUCUACAACAGCCUCAAGAAGGAAUUCGACGAACUCCCGCAAACAACCCGCAUGACGCGUUUCGCACACGCCAAUAACGGUAUGGAGCGCCGCUUCGUUCCCCGUGCCGAACGCGACACGUUCAUGUCAUUCGAAGAAUGGUCCCGCUUCCGCUGGAGCCAGAGUACCCUGUUUCGAACGCUGUAUCAGGACCUUCAGGAGGUUCCCGAACCUGACGGGAUUGAUUUCACGAUGGAAAUGUCGAAUGCGCUGUUUGUAGCGCUGAACUCGGGACAGGUUAGGGCGUUGGAUCAGGAGGUGAGGUGGAUUCUGCAGAUGUAUGCGCCGGAGGUGUUGAGGGAUUAUGGGGGUGCUGCGCUUGUCGAUCGGAAGUAUUUGCCUGUUGGCGUUAUGGCGAUGGUUAAGGAGAGGAGGGUUAAGUGGCAGAUGGUUCUUUAG